CAGGAUAUAAUUAAUGUCAAAAUUGAAGUCUUACAGUUUAGAAUUUUAUUAGUUUUUUUUUUCAAAUUGCCAUAGAACCAUUUUUAGAUUUUCAAAUGAAUUAUGUAUUGAGAAACUAUGCAAAACUAAGCCAUUUCAACUAUGAUAAAAAUGGAAAAGACUGGAAAGUGGAGGCCGGCAAACAACAGUCGCCUAUUUCAUUGGCUAAAGAAAAAGUAAAUGGAUCAACUUUUUGUGAUAACUUAGUAAAUGCACACGUAUUUAUUAGGCUGUUAGAUCCAGUGCCCCAAGGUUAACCUUUGUCAAUUAUGACAAGACAUUUGGCAGCCCCUUGAAGCUCACCAAUAAUGGGCAUACCAUAACUAUGGUGAUACCGCCCGGAGCCGAUGGUAGUCAACCAGCUCUGUGCGGAUGCAUGCUGGAGAGUAUAUAUAAAGCUGUGCAGUUGCACUUCCAUUGGGGCUCACCACAUAGCGAAGGAUCGGAGCAUCAAAUUGAGUUUUCUCGCUACGAUGCUGAGAUGCAUAUUGUUCAUCAAAAUUGUGCGUACGGAACUAAAAAGGAAGCCCUCUGUGCUCCUGAUGGCUAUGUAGUAUUGGGGCUCAUGUUGAAGAUAGCGGCUGAACCUGUAAUUAAUCCUAAAGCUUUGAAUAAAGUCUGCAUGGAGGCAAGUCAAGUCAAAAAAUAUGAUAUGUCCUCAACCUUUAAAGGAGAGUUUUCAUUAAGGGAUAUUUUAGCUGGUAUGGAAAGGCAAGAGUUUUUUACAUACCAAGGCUCGCUUACCACACCACCAUGUUCUGAAGUUGUCAACUGGUUUGUUUUCCCCAAACCUAUUGAAAUUUCCAAGCGAUAUCUGAAACACCUGUGGAACCUGUCAGAUGAUCGCGGCAGGCCUCUGCUUAACAAUUUUCGAGAGUUACAGGACCUACACGAGCGUAACGUAUAUUAUAGAAACCAAAUGUGGCCUAAGAAUACUAACAUUUGAAUACUGUAA